AUGCGCACCGCACUCGCCAUCCUAAGCAGCACCCUCUCCGCGGCCCUGGCACUCGCCAACCCGCUCGCCGCGCGCCACGGAGCCCCGAUCUGCCCCUCCGGUACCGCCUACAGCAGCAUGCAGUGCUGCGCCGUCAACGUCGCCGACGUUGUGUCGCUGGACUGCCAGCCGCCGGGGCCGCUGCCCAGCAGCGCGGCGGAGUUCAAGGAGAUUUGCGCUAAGAUUGGGGAUAAGCCGCAGUGUUGUACCCUUGCUCUGGCGGGCCAGGCGAUUGCGUGCCAGAAUCCUGCGGGCAUGGAUGAAGAUAGUGGGAGCAGCGAGAGUGAGAGUGACAGUGGAAGUGGAGGGGGAGGUGGUGAUGCUUAA